AAAGUGGAAUAUGAUAAGCUUGCUAACGAAAAGACAGAAAUGCAGCGCCAUUAUGUUAUGUACUAUGAAAUGUCAUAUGGCUUGAAUAUUGAAAUGCACAAACAGACAGAAAUUGCUAAAAGACUGAAUACAAUUUUAGCUCAGAUCAUGCCUUUUCUGUCACAAGAGCGAGACUCAAGUGCAAAUAAUUCUGUCUCGCCCUCGGAAAGCCUGAGAGCCAGUGAGAAACACCGGAGCUCCACAGACUACGGCAUCGACUCCAAAAAGCGGAAAGCAGAGGAGAAGGACAACAUGAGCCGAUAUGACAGCGAUGGUGACAAAAGCGAUGACCUGGUUGUGGAUGUCUCCAACGAGAAUGACAAAUCAUCGACACCCGGGCUCAAGUCGAACACUCCCACGCCGAGGAACGACGCUCCGACCCCGGGGACGAGUACGACUCCGGGCCUCCCGCCGAGGCCCGGGCAGGCCACAGGCAUGGCCGCCUCGGCCCUGAGGACGCCCAUCUCCAUCGGGGGCUCGUACGCUGCUCCCUUCGCCAUGAUGGGGCACCACGAGAUGAACGGCUCCCUGACCAGCCCCGGCGCCUAUGCCGGGCUCCACAACAUCCCUCCGCAGAUGAGCGCUGCCGCCGCCGCCGCCGCUGCCUACGGCCGGUCGCCAAUGGUGAGCUUUGGCUUUGGAGCUGUACGUAGCUCUUUUAGCUCCUUUUCUCGCUCACGUGCUGCCCUGUCCUUAUGCCGCCCUUGCAGCAACCCUCUCUCCGUGGGGCUGAUGCCUCCUUUGCCCUCCCUCGGCAGAGCCUACUCGUUCCACGUGAGCGCCGACGGGCAGAUGCAGCCGGUGCCCUUUCCCCACGAUGCCCUCGCGGGCCCCGGCAUCCCCCGGCACGCCCGUCAGAUCAACACGCUGAGCCACGGCGAGGUGGUGUGCGCCGUGACCAUCAGCAACCCCACCAGGCACGUCUACACCGGGGGCAAAGGAUGCGUGAAGAUCUGGGACAUCAGCCAGCCGGGCAGCAAGAGCCCCAUCUCACAGCUGGACUGCCUGAACAGGGAUAACUACAUCCGCUCCUGCAAGCUCCUGCCCGAUGGCCGCACGCUGAUCGUGGGAGGGGAGGCCAGCACGCUCACCAUCUGGGACCUGGCGUCCCCCACGCCCCGCAUCAAGGCCGAGCUGACCUCCUCCGCCCCGGCCUGCUACGCGCUGGCCAUCAGCCCCGACGCCAAGGUCUGCUUCUCCUGCUGCAGCGACGGCAACAUCGCCGUGUGGGAUCUGCACAACCAAACGCUCGUCAGGCAAUUUCAAGGGCACACGGAUGGUGCCAGCUGCAUAGAUAUCUCUCAUGACGGUACGAAGUUGUGGACGGGUGGUCUGGACAACACGGUGCGUUCCUGGGACCUGCGGGAAGGCAGGCAGCUGCAGCAGCAUGACUUUACGUCCCAGAUCUUCUCACUGGGAUACUGCCCGACAGGCGAGUGGCUGGCGGUGGGGAUGGAGAGCAGUAACGUGGAAGUGUUGCACCACACUAAACCCGACAAAUACCAGCUGCAUCUCCAUGAGAGCUGUGUCCUUUCACUGAAAUUUGCCUACUGUGGUAAGUUCCUGCAGCACUGAAAGACACUGUGCUCCCCUUGUGCUCCCCUGACUUGGCCUACAGUCAGACCUCUGCGUAAGACCUUGAGCAAGGACUGCAGCCAGCUCUGCAGCAAGGUACCAUGCAUGGUACGGUCAAGGCCAUAGCAAUGGGCAGGAUUUGUCCUGCAAAUGAUGGAAUUGGGGAUUAUCCCUAUAAAACCAUCCUGCUGCUCCACCUAAUUGAGGUUGUGAAUUGCCAAACAGCAUCGCAGUGGGGAGAGGGGAACCAAAGCCCUGCCGGCGUGCAGAUGCAGCAGUAGGAGGGGGAGCGUGGGAUGCUUCUCCGCAGGAAAGGGGCUG